AUGACGACAGAGGAGGAUUCCGUGGAACACUUGGAGACACAGGUCGAGAACCUCGCGCGCACGCUGGAUUGCCGCGAUCGCGAGAUCGACUCCCUGCAGGCGACCGUCGACGAACUUCGCCGCGAGAGGGCAGCACAGACGGCGGCGGCGAUGAGACAGAGCGCCGAGGCGGAGGAGUGCCAGCAGCAGCUGCGCGAGACGCGGCGGCGGCUCAAGGUCAGUGUGCAAGGCGGAGCGAUCGACGAUGGUGGAGGCGCUACAGGAAGGCGCACGCUGCUGCAGGACCAGCACGACGAUCACCAGCAGCUGCUCACCGCCACGCAGCAGUUACGGGAGCAGCAGGAGGAGCUGCAGGUGGAGCUUGACGCGACGCGGUGUCGCGCGCGCGUGAUGCUGCUACAGCAGGCCGGGGAGCUCUGCGAAGCCCAGACGGCGGUACUGAAGCUGCGCAGCCGCAUGCGCGAGCUCAUCCGCCGCCUGGAGGGGCAGCUGCCGCCGGAAGAUGAGGAGCAGGAAUACACGGCGCUGACGCCCCGUUGCCACGGCGAUGAGUCGGACAGCGUCCUCGCCGAACCCCUGGAGUACACGUACGCGGAGACCCCGGCGCGGCCACCAGGUGGCGUCAUCUUCCCAUCGUUCGUCUCCUCCGUUCUCGUCGCCGCGGACGACGCCGCCGGUCAGGUGACCGAGAACCGACCAAUCGCGGAGCCGCGCUCAGACAACGCCGCCGGUCAGGUGACCGAGGACCGACCAAUCGCGGAGCCGCGCUCGGACGACGUGGCCGUCAACGGCAAGGUGGCGAUACCGUCGGUGGCGGAGGAGACGAAGGGAGCUCUGGCGAGCGUGGAGCGGCUAGAGGAGGUGCUGAGGAAGCUGGAGGCUGCGAGGAAGGCGGCGCUGACGACGGCGCGAAACGAGAAGGCGGUGCUGCUGAGCAAGCAGCGUGUGUACGAGCAGCGCGUGCGCUACGUGAACGAGGACGUGCGGGCGCUGGAGCGGCGGGCCGACCGGCUGCACGCCGAGCUGCUGUCACGCAUGGACGAGCUGCGAGCGAAGAACGACGCGCUCGCCUACGCGAACGCGCGCAUCCGCGACAUGUCGGACGCCUUCCCUCCGCUCACGACGCUGCAGCAUGAGAACGAGGCGAUGUGCUCCCAGGUGGCGCUGCUCAGCUCGGAGAAGCAGAGCCUGCAGAAGAGCAUGGAGUGGCUGCUGAGUGGCUGGGAGACAAGCGCGGGGGACGACGGGGGCAGCGGGAUGCCGGUCAAGGAGGUCGUCUUCCUGAAGACACAGUUGCUGGAGCUACAGAGCAAGCUGGAGGGGAAGGAGGGACUGCUACAGGAGCUGAAGUCGAAGGCGCAGAAGAAGAUGAAGACUCUGGAGGAGAACUGGAAGAAAGCAGAGAACGAGGUCUACAGGCUGGACGAGCUAGUCGAGCAAAUACUGCAGGUCAUGUUGUCACUGCCGACCAUCGUGGAGAGCAGUCCCGAGCUCACAGAGCUGCUAGCUAUGCUGCAGCGCACCGAAUGCUCCAUGCAGUCCGACAUGUGAGAGACAUAGAGCUCACACAGAGAGCACACACACAGAGACACAGAGAGCUCACACAAAGAGACAGAGAGCUCAC